AUGGCGAACGCAACCCAGAACUUCUACGAGCUCUACCGUAACACUUCCAUCGGUCAAAGCCUCGCUGAAACUCUCGACAAUCUUAUUAGCAGUCGCCAGAUUGAGCCCCAGCUUGCUAUGCGUGUUAUGGCCACCUUCGAUCAGAAUGUUGCGGCGGUGCUAGGCGAUAAGGUGAAGGCAAGGUGUACCUUCAAAGGGCAUCUGGAUACCUACCGCUUCUGCGACGAGGUCUGGACGUUCAUUAUCAAGGACGUCAACUUCAAGAUGGAGCAGAACCACCUCGAGAAGGCGGAGAGGGUCAAGAUCGUGGCUUGCCAGUCCAAGGAGAAGGUGGGUGCUUGA